AUGGGCCUAUACAACACACCUGCGGCGGCCGAGUGCGCCCUGCAGCUGCGCCGCAUCGGCGACAAGUGGAACCUGCGGCAGAAGAUCCUCAACCUCCUCUCCAAGCUCUUCUGCCCGGAGACGUGA